AGGUCUAAGAACGACCUAGCUAUUCAUUCAUGGUCCACCAUUCGCGCGGUUCUACUUUUGAGACAAACUGGUAUAAUGUUUACUCGCUCGUUUUUCCGGGAUCAGCAAAACUGUCUGCAAAGGAAUUGUUGAUACUCAUUUCAUACUUGGCGUCCGUAUCAUGACCAUAAACAUUGAAACUAAAUCGGGUAAGGAACCCAUAUGAUAUACCGCAGUGAAGAGACACAACAUAUUAACUGUUCGCGUUGAUGUAUGAGUAGUAGGUCAUACAAAUUGACUGUUUUGACUAAAUACUGAAAGUUUUUUACGUUUUGCUUUAUCUAUUAAUGUACAUUUAAAUUCAUAAGAAUCCUAACAUUUUCGGGAAGAUACACUUUAUAUCAUUAUUAGCCACCCACGCUGAAUAAUUAAGCGGCUUUGUUAACGCUGCUCCUAGCAUGUACGUCUUUAAUGCGUUAACCUUUGACCAUUAACCUAAGGUCAACCCUUGGAUACUGUUAUAACCAAAUUGUAUAGCACAUAUAUGUUUAUUUUCACAUUAUCCAAAAUAGCGUAUCACUUCGGUGUAACAGUCGAAUCAGCACAUUGAAAUGUGAUUUUAACUUUAUAUAAGGUGAACAUUAUCAUAUAAAAGUUAUAUUGAUAUCAAUCACACUAUAUGCAAAAUAGCAUAUUUAUCUCAAUUGCGUAGUGUUCCGUAAACGGUAUUAAUAGCAAGACAAACAUAGCUACAUGUACAUGUGCACUUUCAUGAGCUUAGUGGUCUUAAGGUUCUCUGCUACUGCUUCAAACAAUUACCACCACAGUGAAAUAAAUUGAAAAGGUUCCCCGAACAAACAGAAUCUACAUUCAAAAGUACAUAAUAUAAAACCAAUACAAUGCAUUGCAAUGAAAAGAAUAACACUUUUGUAUUUUAUUUGGUACAAAGCAAACACAAACGUACUGCCAAGAAUGAGUUAAACAAUAAAACCAAAGUUGUGCUAAAUUAUCAACCCAAGCCUCAUAUCAUUUUGCUAUCAUAAAAUAUUGGGGUUAUGUACGAGGUUAGAUUGAACUGAAUGUUGAAAUAUGUGUCCUUAAUGUGAUUUAAGCAGGUAAUGCAUAUAAAAAAAAGGAUUAUUAGUACUGCGUUUUGAUCCUGAAUGUCGUACUCGACUCUCUUUAAAUCCAAAUCUGCAAAUUUCCACACGAGACGAAUAUAUCCCGCAUCGGUGUUUCAGGCAUCAUAUAAGGACUAUUUAAAUACAUUAAAUGAAUGUCGAUAAAAAAUCGAUGAUUCAUAAUGAUUUAUUCUUACAACUUCCAGAGCAUUCUCAGUUACACAAUGGGGUCAAAAGGGAAGUCUCCAUGCGUCGAGUACAACGGUGAUACACUUGGAGAUAGCGAGUUGAUUAUGCCCUACAUGGUUGAGAAAUGUGGGGUAAACCUCAGUACGGGCCUAACAGAGGAACAGACGGCCAUAGGCCGGGCCUUCCAGACUCUCGUCGAUGAACGCAUGUAUUGGCUAGUUUUGUUAGAAAGAUGGGUGUUCCACAAAUCAGAGAUGUCUGGCACUCUUACCAAACUUCCCGCCAUUUUAAUAUGGCAUAUCAGCCGGAAAACUAAGAAUAUGGCGUAUGCACAGGGCCUUGGCAGACAUACGCAAUCCGAAAUUGAAACAUUGCUUGAGAAAGAUUUGAAAGCAUUAUCGGAUUAUUUAGGUGACAAGAAAUAUUUUCUCGGUGAAGAGCCUAGAGAGGUCGAUUGUGCAGUGUUUGGGCAGCUGUGUCAAGUCCGUUAUCAUGUGCCAAACAGUGUCAAAGCAAGAACAUAUCUACAAGAAUCCCUUCCAAAUCUCACUGCUUAUAUGGACAGAAUUAUUGAGAAAUUUUGGCCAGAUUGGGAGGAAUGUAUGACAAAUGGAUUCACGAAAGAGGCAACAAAAUAGAAUGACACUUAUAUUUGAAUUUUGUAUGCGC